GGGAAGAGAACAAUGGGGAACGGGAGAGGGAAGCCUGGAAGGAGGAGCAGAGGACCGGGAGGGAGAGGAGCGGUGGCACGGGGAAAUGGCGAGCCGGAGGGAAAGGACGUGGCCGGGGUGCGGGAGCUGCAGCUGGCGGGGCCGGGGGCGGGGCCUCAUCUCCAUCUCUAACGGCUGUGAAAUGAGGUUAGCUCCAUUAGAGGCGGUGAGAGUGUAACGAGAUCACACUCAUUAGGGCUGGGCCAUCCCAGUAAUUACCACCACCCCAAACACGCCCGCGCCAGCCGGGCCACCGAGCACAAACAGGCACGCCAGGCACGUGGCAGCACACCCGCACAGGACACCACUUCUCGCUGAACGCGAAGCCCAGGGCCCACGCGGGUGUAACCGAGAGCCUCGGGGAGACCCUUCACUAACCCCGAAGAGGUGCCGGGACAGGGCUACACCCAGGCCCUCAGCCACACACACAAUAAAAAGCAAUAAACAUACACGUACACCCGAACUCGGGGAAUAAGACACGUGGACGCGCAAUUAUCGUUUCCAUUUAUUGAUCACAUGCAAAGUGCCAGUCUCAGUAAUGAUCGUCUCAACGGGCACAACUCCAGGAGGAACUAUUCCCCAUUCUACUUAUGAAGCAACAAGCUUUAAGCAACCCACCCGAGGACAUUUACAUCAUAGGGAAUAGAACUAGAAUUUGAUUCCAGGUGUCUGACCUUAAAGGCUAUGUUUUAAAAUAAUACCAUACCGUUUUUUCUUAAGUUCAUAUGCUAUUAAGAAUACACAUGUGUAGACUUCCAACUUUCAGAGAGGUUAUCAGAAAUCUGAUACCCACCACAACCCCGCCCCCAGCAGAGAGAGAGAGAGAGAGAGAGAGAGAGAGAGAGAGACACACACACACGCGCGCGCGCACGCGCGCGCACACACACACAGAAUGGCCAGGGCCCGUGCAUAGACUGCAAUGCGAAUAGCGCCCCCUGGAGUCGCACAAAGCAGUGGCCUGUUCUGGCCCAUCUUAACACUAACUGGGAGAAGGCCAUCUAACACUUUCAAGCUCAAAGGAGAGCAUGACAGCACAUAUGCUCAAAGCAACACACAUAAGAGCAGAGUAACACACUCAGACUCAAGGAUCUCAUUCAGAAUGCUUACCAGCCAGAGCUCAGAAGCUUACAAAUUAACUUGAGAGCAGAGCACUGGGGUCAGGCUACCUGAGGCCAAUCUCAACUCUAUUUUCCAAGUGUUAGACCUUAAAAAUUACAUAACCCAUCUAACUCUUUCUAUGUUUGUAAAAUGGGAAUGAGUAGCUGUAUGUAUUUUAUCAGACUGUAGUGGAGGAUUCAGUGAUGUGAUGCUUCCAGAGGGCUCAGCACAGUGCCUGACACAAGGUAAACAUUUAAAGAUACUAUUAUUAUUAUUAUUAUUAGUUGUUGUUGUUGUUUUAAUAGUAUUUAAACAGAGUCAUUACCAUCACAAGGGUUCAUGCAGAAUCAGAGAACCAGGAUUUAUGUAUAUACACAGACACUUACAAUGGUAUCCUUCCAAGUAAUUCUAGAAGAAUCGCACGUAAUUCUUUUCAAGCUCAGGGAGAUCAAAGGUCUUCCGCAGAGGUCCCCCAUGCCAGGAUCAGAUAGGAUCCUGAAUCUAAGUUCAAGGGCACAGCUCCCUGUCCCCUGGCUCUGGAGUGCUCAUACAGAAGAAGGGUUCAGAGCUGGCUUUGCGUGGUUAUCUAAGCCUGGGUCUCUCCAGUGCACCUACAAGAUCACACAGCUCCACACUGCUGUCCUAACACUUGUGGCAUCAUUGAGGGAGAUGCACUGGCAAGAGGCUCCACUCCUCUCCACAACAUCCUCUCCUCCAGCAGCAGACAUACUGCAGCACAUCUCAACAAAGCCACACAAACGUGGAUGGAUGUUCUCUGGUUGUGGUUUUAAUGCACAGCUUCCCUUUUAGCCCUGUCUACUCCCUCCCACCCCCAUCUUCUUCCUCUCAGCCUCUCCUUUCUCCUCACACCCCACCCAGUUCCCCCCCCACCCACCUUAAGCAUCUCGCUUGCUCCAUCCCUCUCACUGGGGACAGGCCACCUGCCCAAUCUGCUGCCAAAACUGGGAGCCCUCAACGAGAUUCAAGAUUCUCCAAGAUUCGGUAUUUACAUGUACAGAUCGAGAUCCAGCUCCCCGCUCCUUCCCUCCCUCUCCCUCCCUUCUUCCUCCAUCCUCUUCUCUGCCUUGGCUGUCUUUCUUUACCCUCUAUGAUACUCCUUUUCCUGCCUGUCUCAUUUCCUGCCAUUCUUAUUUUCUCUCUUUAGGACAAAAAUUCUCUUGCACAAAGUAAACACUCCCCAAGUAUUGGGGUGCCAGGGAGAUGUCUAGGAGAGAUAGGUAGAAUUAAAAUGGAGGAAUAGGAGUACCUUUUUUUGUUUUCUUUUUAAAUACAGAAGGUAAGCUUUAGAGACAGAGAAAGUGAUAGUUUUAAUGCAAGGAGAGGCCAUAAUAGUUCUGAUGCAAGUGUGAGCCUGGGCAAAGCUUCCAGUCUCUGGUUUGGGAUAAUGGGAUGUCUCUAGACGCAGCAAUCAAGAGGGCCUGGUGAGAAAUGAAGUCUGCUGCUGGGCAGACUAGAUUUAAAUCCUGCCCGCCAAAGAAUCUGCCCUCAGUCGAAAAGGGCAGAGAUGAGAGGAUGAGUCCAGGUCAAGAAGAGGCAAGACAGAAGGAAAGCGUCAGCCUAGCUGCACAUACCUUGCUCCCCUCUUGGGGUGGCGAGGGUGGAGAGCCAGAGAGAAGGAAAGAAACUGACCUGAUAGACACCAGUAUGGGCCCUUUUCACAUGUUACCUGUACUAGUCUUCACAACAGCUGGGUAAGGACAGCGGUGGCAGCUAUGUGAUCUUGUAGGUGUACUGGAGAGACCCAGGCUCAGAUAACAGCACAAAGCCAGCUGUAAACCCUUGUCCUGUAAGAGCACUUGGGAGUGAGGGCCAGGGAGUUUCCAGGUGAGAAAACAGAGUGGAUAAGUAACUUACCAAGGCUGCACAGCUGGUGAGUGGCGGGGAGCCAGGACUGAACCUGGGUCUAAGUGAAUCCAUAGCCCAUGUUCUUCCACUGCCUUAGAAAAGAAAUCUCACCUGGUUAGAGUUUAUUUGCUGUUGGUGCCGACUGAUUCCCCCUAAUGUGGGCACACACACUCCAUCUUUCCUGCUUCUCUUCCCCUCCCCUCUGUGGCUGCCUCUUAAAAGCAACAGGUUGAAACCGAAAGGGGAGAAGGGCAGGGCAAAGUUAGUGUGGAAGAGGGCAGGCUGGAGGCAGGGAUUUCAGAGAGAAGAAAGAAAAGGUCCCUAAAAUGGGCUCCAAGGAAAGAGGAUAGAUGGAACAAUUGGAAAAGUGAAAGGCAAAAAUGUCUGGAGGGCUGGGACUUGGAAAUCACUGUAUGCAAAUUGUAAGCAAAUGUGCCAGUGCCCUCUGGCCGACUUUCUGGGGUUUGAAGAAAAGAAAGGAGAGGGGUUUUUGUUUUUUAUUUUAAGGAGGGGAGUUGGGAGGAGAAAGCCAGUCUGUCCCUGCAGGCCUGUCCUCUCCUCGGUGAUGGUCCCUCCAUAACCACUAGGGGGCAGUCGUGUCACUUUUCCACUCCAGCUCUGCCAGAGGUGGGAGGGGGCUCCAGCCCAGGGGAGUCCUGGUCUUGCUGGGGCUCCAGCUCCAGAGGAAGUGCCCCUGGCCAGCUUUGCCUCCAGUUCUACAGGCCCCACGGCCUGGCGCCUCCUCGGUGAGGGGCACAUUCUUCCUUUGCUCAGGCCUCACUUCUUUGGUCCUUCCUUUGCCCUUGCUCCUUUGGCUCCUGUAAUUCUCGGGUUCUGAAGUCUCAGAGUGUUGUCUUUUGCGGUCUCAGAGCCCGCCUUUGCAGCUUUCCACUUCACAUCCAAGCCUUUCUGUCCCUCUCAUAACGUCUUUCUUUGUAGCUCUCUGGGUCCUACUGUCUGUCCUGAAGCCUCCUGGUUCCCUGGCGUCUUCCUGUUCUAAGUACGGUACAUUUCAAGAAGUAGGAAUUCUUGUCCAGCUACUUACAGGGUGCUUUUCUGCCCACCUCCCAUGGAAGAAUAUCUCAGUUCAGGGAUUAUGUUGAUGGGGCAACAAGUCCCUAGCUGAGCUUUGAAAGAAGUAGCACUGCCAUCCUUUCCUUCUCUCCUUGAGGAAUAGCAAGGGACCUGGGUCUGGACAGAGGAAGAGGGCAAUACCCCCCAAAAAUCUCGUUUCCCCAUAGCUUUCUCUCCAUUUUCCCUUUCGCCUCACGCUGUGAGGGAAGGAAGCAUUAGGGAGGGUGAUGGAAUGAAGGGGCAGCAAGGGAGCUCUGGAGGCUGAGGGCCAUUUUGGAGCCAGAUGAUUCAUCUUAGGGGAUGACUACACCCUCAGAACUCUCCACCCUCCCCUGGCUCCAGGCCUGCCUCCUCCCAUCCCCCUCGGUGGCAGCAGCCUUGUAAUUUAAAGCUCUUUCUGUCGCCUCUAAUGUGAUCCUCUCGUUUUAUUGACUCUCUCUGCCGUCUGUGGCGCCCCUUCACAUCAAUCUCCGCUCUAAUCACACCGCCACCACUGCCUGCUCUGUCUCCCCUAACCCCUCUCCUCGCGGGCCCCCGGCCCUCGCCUCUACCCAGGUCCUUCCUUUUGACUAUCCCCCCACCUCCACCCUACACCCGAUCCGCCCUCUUCCUCCUUCCCUCCUCCACACGCAGGAAUGCCAGGGCCUUUAAGGGCUUGCCUUCUCCCUUUCCCCACGUCUAAGGUGUACCCUGAGGGAGAGGAGAUGCCCUUAAGGAAAGCCUGGAACCACAGGAAGAAUGACAGUGGUCUGAGGGAGAAUAUGACUCUGGGCCUGGUCGUGGUGCGUGGGAACCUGUCUCCAGAAAGAGAUGAAAACUGAGGUCAAGUCCUGGGAAGUAAAAGCUUUGGAGAGAGGAUUUGGGGCUUAGGUCUUCCUAGCCCUCCUCUGCAGUUUGAUCUACAGUUGUGAUGCGGGAGCCAGAGAGAAGUUGCUGACGGAUGUGAGGUGGGCCAGCACGGGGAGAGCACCCACCAGGUUCAGCCCUCAGUGUCAGGGCCCAGGAGGGGCCGCUCUUGCCCGGUCUCAGUUCUUCCUACCAGGUGAGCCCCCAUUAUGGGGGUGACAGUGGAAUGUCAGGCCCUCACACUCUAGCACAUGUAUCUCCCCACUUCCCCCGGCACCCCAAGGAUUCCAUAGGAAGAAUACCUUUAUCCCACAACUUCAGGGCUUCUGCUUUCUGAUUAUGUAAGAUAACUGCCUCCCCCCCCCCGCCCCGCCCCCCGUCCAAUUCCUUUACUUCCCUGUUAGUUCUCCACCCACCUCGGCCCAGGUGCUGAUUUGCAUUUUCAUUAGCAUGCAGAGCCAGCCCCUCGCGGAGCGCCUUAAUGGCUCCUCCUUCGACUUCACGCCUGGCUGGCCCCCCAGGAGGAGGAGGGAAGUGGGAAUGGGGGCCUCCAGGCUGAGUGCGGCCAGACCAAGGACCCAUUCCAAAUCAGGGAAUCUGAAGGUGAGGGUUAGAGGCUGCCCAAGGCGGGAGAGGCCACACCACUUCCUGGCAGCACUCUGGCCUGAGCGCUAAAGGUUUAAUCGUUCGAUAUCUGCUGAUAAUUGAGAACUGAAGAGGAGUCAGGCCACCUGGGACACUGGGAGAAGCAUGGGAUGGUGAGGCAUGGGGGAACUGGUGAGUUUGAGGGGAGACCAAGGUAAAAAAGCGGGUGGGGCUCGGUAAUCCUGGUCAGCUGGAGGCAGCUCGGGAAUCCUGACUUCUAGACUUCGGGAGGCUCAUUUCGCCAGUACUGUGUCUGCGGGGCAGUCCGGGUAGAUGGAGGAGCCCAGGCCACAGCUUUGGGGUCCAGCUCUGUGGCCGCCAGUCCUUUUCUAGUCUCACCGCCUUGGAGCUUGUGACAAUCAGCUAAUUCAGCCUCUCUUUCUUGGGUGCCUCACCCAUAAAAUAAGGUUGUCGUGAGAUUAAAUGAGAUAAUUGAUUAAAGCAGUUAACACAGUGCCAGGGCCAUGCUAUACGUACCUUAAUGUUAUUACUGUUACUUUUUUUAAUCCCUGGGGAGGAGGAGGGGUGCGGCUCAUCUCACACAAGCCAUUGUCUUUCAAUUGGCCAGAAGCUCUUCCACCUGUGAUGAGAGAUGGCUAUGGAACGCAUCUGAGAGCAGCAUGGUGUCUGCAGGCCAGAGGAAAGUCACUGUGGCCUCUCUGGCAAGAGGACCUUGACUUUGGGAAACUAACUCUUCAGGGGUCCUGGCUGUCACGCUGAAAUGAACCCCCAGCUCUCCUCCGUCUGCCAUGGCCACCCUUAACUCGUCCUCUACCGCUGGCACCACCCCCUCCCCUGGGCACAAUGCCCCGUCCCCGCCUCCGGACACCUCCUCCCCCCGCACCCCCUCUGAUCCUGUCACCAAAGAUCCCCCUGCGGCCCCCUCCGCCUCUGAGAGCAUGAGGUCCUCAGAGCCCGGGGGGCAGCCCCUGGAGCCAGGCUGUGGCCUCGUCCCACCAAAGGAGAUAGGGGAGCCCCAAGAGGAGCCUGGCCGUGGUGGCUCCCCGCCAAAGGGCCUGGGGGCGGAAGAGGGGGAGGGAGGAGGAGGGCUCCCUCCUGUGGACCUGAGCGACCACUUAGUCUUCACGGCUGGCGGUGAGGCCUGCCUAGUGGCCAAGCUGUCCCUGCCAGGUGGCAGCGAACUCCCGUUACCAAAGGGCUUCCCCUGGGGUGAGGCAGGCAUCAAGGAAGAGCCCAGCCUGCCCCUCCUUGCCCACCCGCCCCCUGUACACCUCACUGCCCUUCACAUCCAACAUGGCUUUGACCCAAUCCAAGGCUUUAGCUCUUCUGACCAAAUUCUGUCCCACGAUACCUCAGCGCCAUCUCCGGCCACCUGUGAGGGAAGGGAUGGAGCCUUCUGGAGCUACCAGCUGGCUCCAAACCCACCUGGAGAUCCCAAAGAUGGCCCCAUGGGGAGCAGGGGAGGAGACCCCAGGGCACUCUUCUGGCUCUGCCUCCCGUGCCGCCUGGGUUUCGGCAGGCCCCAGGCCUUUGUGGGUCACACACAGUCUCACGGGGUGAAGCUAACCGCUGCUCAACACCAGGGCCUGCCAGGCAACCCAGCCGUGCUCCGGGAGGGGGACGAGGGCUGCGUGGCCCUCCUGAGCUUCCUGGAACCACAGCUGCCUGCUCACGCCCCUUUAGAAAUACCCCUCGACAACAGCAGCACCGUGAACAUGGAGACCCACGCGGCUCAGACCGAGGAUGGCCCCGCCGCGGCCGAAGCCCAGGCCCCUGUCCUGCCCGUGGAAGAAGACAUGGCCCUCAGCCCGCCCUCCCCGCUGACAACCCCAGCCGCCUGGAACCCCAGCCCAAGCCAAGCCAAAGAAUCGCCGACGCUGGCAGGCGAGGCAGGGCCAGGUUGGUUCCCCGAGGGGCAAGAGGAGGAUGGAGGGCUCUGCCCCUCGCUCAACCAAAGCUCACCCACCUCCAAGGACGGGGGCGUUCUCCCUGCCCCAGUGGGCUCCCCCGAAGACCCCGGUGACCCGCCCCAGCCCUAUCGCCCAGCCGACGACUACACCCCGGCCCCUGCGGCCUUCCAGGGCCUCAGCCUGUCCAGCCACAUGGCUCUGCUACACUCGCGCAACUCCUGCAAGACGCUCAAGUGUCCCAAGUGCAAUUGGCACUACAAGUACCAGCAGACCCUGGAUGUGCACAUGCGGGAGAAGCACCCUGAGAGCAACAGUCACUGCAGCUACUGCAGCGCUGGGGGCGCCCACCCCCGCCUCGCCCGGGGGGAGAGCUACAACUGUGGCUACAAGCCCUACCGCUGCGACGUCUGCAACUACUCCACUACCACCAAGGGCAACCUCAGCAUCCACAUGCAGUCUGACAAGCACCUGGCCAACCUGCAGGGCUUCCAGGCGGGGCCGGUGGGGCAGGGGAGCCCCCAAGAGGCAGCGCUCCCGCCCCCCGCGGGGGACAAGGAGCCCAAGACCAAAGCGUCCUGGCAGUGCAAGGUGUGCAGCUACGAGACCAACAUCUCCCGCAAUCUGCGCAUCCACAUGACCUCCGAGAAGCACAUGCAGAACGUCCUCAUGCUGCACCAGGGGCUGCCGCUGGGGCUGCCGCCGGGGAUGGUGGGGCCAGGCCCCCCUCCCCCAGCAGGGGCUGCCCCUGCCACCUCCCCUGACCUCUUCCAGUACUUCGGACCGCAGGCCCUAGGGCAGCCUCAGGCUCCCUUGCCUGGCCCCGGGCUGAGGCCAGACAAGCCCCUGGAAGCCCAGCUGCUUCUCAAUGGCUUCCACCACCUCGGAGCACCUGCCCGCAAGUUCCCCACAGCUGAUGACAGCCCAUCCCUGAAGGUGUUCCGAUGCCUCGUGUGCCAGGCCUUCAGCACAGACAGCCUGGAGCUGCUGCUCUACCACUGCAGCGUGGGCCGGAGCCUCCCGGAGGCCGAGUGGAAGGAGGUAGCUGGUGACACCCACCGCUGCAAGCUCUGCUGCUAUGGCACCCAGCUCAAGGCCAACUUCCAGCUCCACCUCAAGACCGACAAACAUGCUCAGAAGUACCAGCUGGCGGCCCACCUGAGGGAGGGGGGCGGGGCCAUGGGCACCCCCUCCCCAGUGCCCCUGGGAGACGGGGCUCCUUAUGGGUCUGUCCCCACCCUGCACCUGCGCUGCAACAUCUGUGACUUUGAGUCCAACAGCAAGGAGAAGAUGCAGCUGCACGCCCGGGGUGCGGCCCACGAAGAGAACAUCCAGAUCUAUAAGUUUCUGCUGGAGAUGGAGGGGGCAGCGGCGGGGACGGAGCUGGGGCUGUUCUGCUGCCUGCUGUGCGCCUGGGAGACGCCCUCCCGCCUGGCUGUGCUGCAGCACCUGCGCGCCCCUGCCCACCGCGAUGCCCAGGCCCAGCGGCGCCUGCAGCUGCUACAGAGCGGCCCCGCAGCCGACGAGGGGCUCUCAGCUCUUCAGAGCAUCCUGAGCUUCAGCCACGGGCAGCUCCGGCCUCCCGGGAAGGCUCCUGUCACCCCCUUAGCUGAGCCACCCACCCCUGAGAAAGAGGCCCAGAAUAAGACAGAACAAUUGGCUUCUGAAGAGGCAGAGAACAAGACUGGCCCUCCUGGAGACAGUGCCGGCCAGACCACGGUGUUCUGCUGUCCAUACUGCAGUUUCCUGAGCCCAGAGUCCGAGCAGGUGAGGGCGCACGCGCUCUCCCAGCACGCAGUGCAGCCCAAGUACCGGUGCCCUCUGUGCCAGGAGCAGCUGGUGGGCCGGCCUGCCCUGCACUUCCACCUCAGCCACCUGCACAACGUGGUGCCCGAGUGCGUUGAGAGGCUGCUGCUCGCGGCCACAACUGUAGAGAUGACCUUGACGACCAAAGUGCUGCCUAGGCCCACUCUAAGCCCUCUGGGGGACGGCCCAGAGCCCCCCGCUCCCGGGCCAGAGUCUGUGCCCAGCAGAGACCAAGCAGCAGAAGGCCCUCACCUGACCCCGGAAGCCAGUCCCGAGCCUCUUCCUGAGCCUCCCCUGCCCUCAGCCGAGGCCCCAGACAAGCCCAUGGGAAGCCCUGACCAGCCCCCUUCUCCAGCCCCGUCUCCAGCCCCUCGGCCCGAUGCCCAAGCUGACGAGGUAGCUCCUCCACCCACCACGGCUGAGGAGGAAGAGGGGGCUGGCGGGGAGCCCCGCCUGGCAGAGCCAGCUCCGGCUGACUCUCGCCACCCUCUGACCUAUCGGAAGACCACCAACUUUGCCCUGGACAAGUUUCUCGACCCUGCCCGGCCCUACAAGUGCACUGUGUGUAAGGAGUCCUUCACGCAGAAGAACAUCCUCCUGGUCCAUUAUAACUCGGUCUCCCACCUGCACAAGAUGAAGAAGGCUGCCAUUGACCCCUCCGGGCCUGCCCGCGGGGAAGCCGGGGCCGCGCCCGCCCCCGCUGCUGCCACAGACAAGCCCUUUAAGUGCACGGUCUGCCGCGUCUCGUACAACCAGAGCUCCACCCUGGAGAUCCACAUGCGCUCCGUCCUGCACCAGACUCGCUCGAGGGGAGCCAAGACGGAUGCCAAGGCCGAGGGGCCAGAGCGCGGCCCAGAAGAGCCCAAGGAAGGCGAGACUGAGGGGGAGGUGGGCACUGAGAAGAAGGGCCCUGACCCUGGUGGCUUCGUGUCUGGUGGACUGCCCUUCCUGUCCCCUCCCCCACCUCCCCUGGACCUGCACCGAUUCCCAGCCCCACUCUUCGCCCCACCAGUCCUGCCCUCCUUCCCUCUGGUGCCCGAGUCCCUGCUUAAGCUCCAGCAGCAGCAGCUGCUCCUGCCCUUCUACCUCCAUGACCUCAAGGUAGGGCCCAAACUGGCACUGGCUGGGCCCGCGCCCCUGCUGUCCCUGCCGGCCGCCACCCCUCCUCCCCCGCCCCCUAAGGCCGAGCUGGCUGAGCGAGAGUGGGAGCGGCCACCGGCGGCAGAAGAGGGGAACGAGACGGCGCCCAGCUCACCCCCCCAGCCAACACCCAACGAGGCAGCCCGCACUGCAGCCAAAGCCCUUCUAGAAAACUUUGGCUUUGAGCUGGUGAUCCAGUACAAUGAGGGGAAGCAGGCUGUGCCCCCUCCCCCAACACCACCCCCACCCGAGGCCCUGGGGGGUGGGGACAAGCUGGCCUGCGGGGCCUGUGGGAAACUCUUCUCCAACAUGCUCAUCCUCAAGACACACGAGGAGCACGUGCACCGCCGCUUUCUGCCCUUUGAGGCCCUGAGCCGAUAUGCCGCUCAGUUUCGAAAGAGCUAUGAUAGCCUCUACCCACCCCCGGCAGGGUCCCCCAAGCCUCCCGAUGGGCCUCUGGAUUCACCUGCUCCCCACCUGGUCCCAGAGCCCGAGUCAGGGGGGGCCCGCCCCCCUGAGGAGCGAGGCCGGGCAGCAGGACGCUGGCCCCCAGAGGAGGAGGAAAGCUCCAGAGGGAAUCUUCCUCCCCUGGUGCCUGCAGGCCGCCGCUUCUCCAGAACCAAGUUCACAGAGUUCCAGACCCAAGCCCUGCAGUCUUUCUUUGAGACCAGCGCCUACCCCAAGGACGGAGAGGUGGAGCGGCUCGCGAGUCUCUUGGGCCUGGCUAGCCGCGUGGUGGUGGUGUGGUUCCAGAACGCCCGCCAGAAGGCUCGCAGAAGCGCCGGCGACGGCGGGCCUGUGCCCAGCGGGGGAGGCACUGGGGGAGCCUCUGGCUGCCGGCGCUGCCGCGCCACCUUCUCCUGUGUGUUUGACUUGGUGCGGCACCUCAAGAAAUGCUAUGAUGACCAGCAUCCGGAAGAGGAGGAAGAGGCAGAGAGAGGGGAGGAGGAGGAAGACGCAGAGGAGGAAGAUGCAGAGGAGGAACAGGGCCCAGAACCCCCAGCCGGGCCUGAGGGCCCAUCACCAGAACCUCCAGACAGGGAAGAGCUGGGCCAAGCAGAGGCCACAAAGCCAGGAGGCAAAGAGCCUGAAGGGAGGGCCCCUCCCUCGCCCUCCCCCGUCCACGCCUGUGACCAGUGCGCCAUGUCUUUCCCCAGCCAGGACCUCCUGACCAGUCACCGCCGGCUCCACUUCCUGCCACCUGUGCAGCCCAGCACUGCCCCCCCCCUCCUAGAGCUGCCCUUGCUGGUGUUCGGGGAGCGAAACCCUCCGGUGCCAGGCACUCCACCAGUGCCAGGACCACCCCUCAAACGGAAGCACGAGGACGGUAGCCUGUCACCCACGGGCAGCGAAGCAGGGGUGGGUGGGGAGGGUGAGCCCCCCAGGGAUAAGCGCCUGCGCACCACCAUCCUGCCCGAGCAGCUGGAGAUCCUGUACCGCUGGUACAUGCAGGACUCCAACCCGACGCGCAAGAUGCUCGACUGCAUCUCCGAGGAGGUGGGGCUCAAGAAGCGAGUGGUGCAGGUCUGGUUCCAGAACACCAGGGCCCGGGAGAGGAAGGGCCAGUUCCGAAGCACCCCCGGGGCAGUGCCCAGUCCGGCAGUCAAGGUCCCCAUCACACCCAGCCCCGCACCCUUCCCCAAGUUCAACCACUUGCUGGGCAAGGUGGAUGAUGGGGCUGGGAGGGAGGCCCCAAAGAGGGAAACACCCGCUUUUCCCUACCCCACGGUCACCCCUGCUGCUGGGCCUCUGCCUUUCCUGCCACCUGGGAAAGAGGCCCCCACUCUGACACCAGAGCCACCUCUACCUCUCCCACCGCCCCCUCCACCCAAUGAGGAUGAGGGCCCGGAGGAACCGUCUAAAGCUUCUCCAGAGAGUGAGGCUUGCAGUCCAUCUGCAGGGGACUUAAGUGAUUCGUCAGCUUCCAGCCUGGCUGAACCAGAGUCCCCUGGGACUGGAGGGACCAAUGGGGGCCCAGGAGGUGGGGCUGGGGUCCCAGACGGAAUGGGGCAGCGGCGCUACAGGACCCAGAUGAGCAGUCUGCAGCUAAAGAUCAUGAAAGCCUGCUAUGAAGCCUACCGCACCCCUACCAUGCAGGAGUGUGAGGUGCUGGGGGAGGAGAUUGGGCUGCCCAAGAGAGUCAUCCAGGUCUGGUUCCAGAAUGCUCGUGCCAAGGAGAAGAAGGCCAAGCUGCAGGGGGCAGCAGUCGGUGGGGCUGGGGGCAGCAGUGAGGGCCCCUCGGGAGCCCAGCGCACCGACUGCCCCUACUGUGACGUCAAGUAUGACUUCUAUGUCUCCUGCCGAGGCCACCUCUUUUCCCGCCAGCACCUGGCCAAGCUCAAGGAGGCAGUCCGAGCCCAGCUGAAGAGUGAAAGCAAGUGCUACGACUUGGCCCCAGCACCCGAGGCACCCCCCGCUCCCAAGGCUCCACCUGCCACCACACCUGCCUCUGUGCCCCUCGGGGCUGCCCCGGCUCUGCCUCGCCUGGCCCCGGUCCUCUUGUCCGGCCCAGCUCUGGCCCAGCCCCCGCUGGGCAGCUUAGCUCCUUUCAGCGCAGGCCCUGCAGCCUCCUCAGGCCUCCUUGGCCUCGCCACUUCGGUCCUGCCUGCUACCACAGUGGUCCAGACUGCUGGCCCAGGCUGCCCCUUACCUCAGAGACCUAUGCCCGACCACACCAACACCUCCACAGUAGGCACCACUGACCCUGCCCCAGGCCCGCCUACUGAACCCUCUGGGGACAAGGUCUCCGGUGAGCGAAAGCCAGCUGCAGCCCCCGCCAACUCCUCUACCGAUGCCCUCAAGAACCUCAAAGCAUUGAAGGCCACUGUCCCAGCCCUGUUGGGGGGCCAGUUCCUGCCCUUCCCGUUGCCCUCUGCAGGGGGGGCCACGCCGCCAGCUGUCUUUGGCCCCCAGUUACAGGGGGCCUACUUCCAACAGCUCUAUGGCAUGAAGAAGGGACUGUUUCCCAUGAACCCCGUGAUACCUCAGACCCUCAUCGGACUGCUCCCCAACGCCCUCCUCCAGCCACCGCCCCAGGCCCCCGAGCCCAUAGCCACAGCGCCUCCGAAGCCGCCUGAACUGCCCGCUCCGGGGGAGGGGGAGGCCGGCGAGGCCGAUGAGCUGCUGACAGGCAGCACGGGCAUCUCCACCGUGGACGUGACCCACCGCUACCUUUGCCGCCAGUGCAAGAUGGCAUUUGACGGGGAGGCCCUGGCCACUGCUCACCAGAGAUCCUUCUGCUUCUUUGGGCAGGGCUCUGGGGGUUCCAUGCCCCCCCCACUGCGGGUGCCCAUCUGCACCUACCACUGCCUGGCAUGUGAGGUGCUGCUGAGUGGGCGAGAAGCCCUGGCCUCGCACCUGCGCUCCUCGGCCCACAGGCGCAAGGCGGCCCUGCCCCCAGGGGGCCCACCUGGCGCCGCCACCAACGCCGCCACUGCCGCCACGGCUGCUGUGGCUUUUGCCAAAGAGGAAGCAAGAUUACCUCACACGGACUCCAACCCAAAAACUACUACUACCUCUACACUUCUAGCUUUAUAAACAGAUAAACCAAGACACGGGGGCAGGGAGGGCCUCGGGGCUCCUCUUACCCCAAGGGGUGUCUGGUGGGAGCUCAAAUCCCUAACCCUACCCUUGGCCCUGCCCACCCCCCUGGGAAUCUCUCAGUUCCCACCCUCAGUGGGCUUCACACACCCCACCUCCAGCAGAGUCCUGCCUCCUCCUCCACCCCCAGACACACCGAUCCUUCACAAAUCCUUGCCCCUUGGUCUUCACGGCCAACACAUCCAUCUUGCCAUCUCGAUUAUUCAUUCACAUCCACCCUGCCCACCAGACACAAAAUCUAUCCUUGGUUUCAUCUUCCUACAGCCUCUUUCCUACUGAAUUCCCAGUCACCCUUCCAACUCCUAUAAACACACAAAUAUGUUAUCCCAUGCUGUUCCACUGACUGAGAAAACACCAAAAAAAAAAAAAAAAAAAAGAAGAAGAAGAAAGGAAAAAGAAAACCCAAGACAAGGAAGGGGGAAGGAAAAUAAACUUUGCCACUCCCCCUUCUCCUUCCUACCCCCCUCGUCUAGAGCGCCAUACCGCUCACAAACUCCUUCCAAAUACUCAGUUGGCUCCCAAGGUUGGAGCCUGGGAUGGGCAGGGAGCCCACGAAACUCUAACCAAACUGGAGGUCAGCGGGGAGAAGUGCUCCCAGCUCACUCUCCUCACACCCCUCCCUCCUCACCUGACAGGGGAGCCCCUGUGGCCUGAACUCUAGGGGAAGCCGCGGCCAGGAACCCCUCUGCCAGCCCCGACCCUGCACCCUGGAAACUGCAGUAACUUAUUCUCAAAGGCUUUAAACACAGAGAUCCUCUCAGCAGCCGUCGGCCUGCCCCUUGUCCCAGCCCUGCCACGUGGCGGUCCAGCCUCCAGGACCGGCGCUGCCCACCAACGGCAAAUCCAAAGUUCUUUAAAGAAAAACUGAAACACACAACCAAAAAAAACAAAACCACGAGUGCGAGAGAGAGCACACACACACGUGCGGGAGAGAGAGAUGGAGAGACCAGAGGAAUGAACUAAUGAAAAACAAACUUGGAAAACACAGGAAAAAAAAAAAGAAAAAAGCCUGAAAA